AUGGAACUGAGAUGGUCGGGGACAGAACAGGGAACAGCGUGGCGACGUAUCUUCUCAAGAGCUUCCUCAGCUACAGAGAGUAUGCUCUCUCUCUCAACAAGGUGGAGGUCUCAUAACUCCGAUCCUCAUAACUGUGGAAUCACGCUUGAGAAGCCGGUUGAUCCUCUGGCGAUAAACAUCCAGUACCUCCGCAAGAGCACCUACCUUCGCGGCCAACCCAUCAGCGGACGACCACAACUAUCAGCCAAGAGGAGGAAGAAUACGCUCACCCAGGAGCAGCUGGAUGAGAGCUCAGGCGACGAAGCAAUCGACCUGGACUACAAGACCGGAGGCUUCCACUUCAAGGAUCAUGAGAUAAAAGGGAGGAAAUCAGCGGCUAACACCGCACUUUGA